AUUACAGUACUAGGUCGCUAGUAGCCACAAUCAAAUAUCACACUUUCUGAAAAAAUAAAAAAACAUAGGAUUUCUCUAAGGAAUUUGUUCUGUGGCGAACGAACUAUGGUUGCGUCUGCAGCGCAUGCUGCGCAGCCAUGGCGUUCUCGGGGUUUCCAAUGAAUACAAGUUCGACACUAAAUCUAACGUACAAAAUCCCCACCGAGCAGUUCGUCUUAGAAGAUGUGUGUACCAACAGCUUGCGCUACAGGUGCGAUUUCAACGUGGAGACGGGACCUAAUUAUCCACAUAUUCCAUCGUCUACUUGGACCGUAACGCUCACGAUUGGAGUCAUUGAUGGUGAGAUCGUGCCCACCGUUGAACCGAAAGGGCCGCCAACAGAUACACAAUCUGCUGGUACAUUGAUUGUGGAAUGUCGGGUUCGCCCGACGUUUAAGGGAUCAUGUGACAAUGUUGUGCAGAUCGAUCCAAGAGGGUGGACUAAUGACACUGAGACACUGGAAAGCGCUAGCGAGCUUGUCAAAAUAACACGUUUGCCCUGUGGAAAAGACCAUUGCUCCCUGAAGAAGAGCGCCUUUGUGUUCGUCGAUUUGACUUUCCAUAUGGACGAGGGCUCUGUGGGGGCUGCGGUCAAUCGUGCUGACUUAAAGAACCUCCUGGAUUCCCAUACGCUCUCAGAUUGUACUUUGGUUUGUGAGGGACAGGAAUUCCCCGUGCAUCGCGCCAUUCUGGCUGGCCAGUCACCCGUCUUCGCAGCCAUGUUCCAGAAUGAUAUGCAGGAGAAAGCCACAGGGAUCUGCAAAAUCAACGACAUUGGUGUCGAUGCUUUGAAAAUAAUGAUCGAGUUUGUAUACACGCGAGCUAGUGUGACAACGGACGACAACCUGCCUGAGCUAUGGAUGGCGGCCGACAAAUACGACAUGGCGGAUCUGCGCGCUGAAUGCCUGCGUCUGAUGCUGCAGGCGAUAAAGGCGGAGACUGCUUUAGGCUACUUUGACUUUGCGCGUCAACAUAACCUGAAAAAACUCCGAGCGGCAGCUGCACGACUGAUCAGUCUGGAUGCUAAAGAAAAUGACGGAAUGGCUUAAUACGUCCGUUUCUCUCCAUUCUGAUAACUGCGUCGGUGUAACUGCUUGUAUGAAUAUUUAUAUAUUACUGCAUUACUCGCAAGUCGCAAUCAAGGCUGCUAACCUGUCCAAGGAAAUCAGGGCAAAUGUUAUUACGGUGCACGUGUUGUAUAUCAUGAUUUUUAGGUGGUUCAUGCAGUUAGUUUAUAUGAGCUUCAAUAGGGUUCGUGGGGUUCUGCUAUGAACACAUCAAAGAGCAUGCAAACGUACACUUUCACUGUUCGUGUAGAUUUAAAGGUCAACAAGA